AUGACUGUCCAUAUAUUGUUGGGCUAUCAUUUGGUUGUAAAUAUUGAUUUCCACAGUAAAUUUUUUUUUUUUUUUUGUCUGUGUCUCCCACUCGGCUGUUUUUCUGACGAAACAAACUCGUUGCCAAAAAUGACAUGGACAACAAAUACAUUACGUCAACUAUCAUUAAUGACAACAUCUACAACGUCAUCUUCGUCUACAUUAGCAUCCACUGACAAUUCAUAUUCAAAGGUCCUUAAUGAUAAUCUUACACUUUCAUUGAAAUACAUUGAUGAUGGUGGAAGUAAGACUCAGGAAUGUAUACUAACAUUCUCAAAUACAUCAAAACAAGACGUUGUCAUUAACCCAAUUAAACAACAACAACAGCAGCAACAGCAAAAUUCUGGAAGAUGGUUUGGGAAUAUUUUUGGCUCUACUAAAAUAGUAGAUGAAUCAAUGGAUGCAUUAAACAUCGAGUCUGAUGAACUGAUUCAUUUAUUUCUUGGGUAUAUACAGUUAUUUGGAUACGUGGUAUUGAAUUAUAAAUUUAGUAUUGAUACUUCUUCUCUUGAAGUUAAUAAAGGCAAUCAAUGGUGGAAUAAUACUGAUUAUUUACAUCAAUAUUUAUAUAAAGAUGAUCCUGCACUUGAAAAGUCAGAAGAUCAUUGGAAAUUAGAUACUGUUCCAUUUAUUGAUGAAAAUUAUGAAUCAAAAUUAAUAAUUGGUGGGAAAUUGGGUGGAGUUAAUGAUUUAAUUAUUAAAGAUGAAAAAAUUUCCACUGAAGAAGGUCAUUUAUUACAUGAUUUAAUUAAUAAUUUUAAUUCUCAACCAAAAUCAAAACAUCCUCGACCAGUUUCAUUACAUGAUUUAACUGAUCCAAUUAUUCCUUUUUAUACAACUUCACAAUCUUUAUUAUUCACUGAUUUAACUAUACCGCAAAAUUCAUCCAAAAGUUUCCAUUUAAAAUUUCCAAUAAAGGAGGAUUUACCUCCAAGUUAUAAUUCUCAUCUGACAGGGCCAGCAUGUGAUCAAGGGUUGGUAAGUAUUCGAUAUUCAUUAAUUGUGAGUUUAAUUGAAGGACAAAUGACAGAAAAGGGUAAAUCUAUCUAUUUUCCAUUUGAAGUAACGCCUCAGAGACAUCUUGGAGUCGCUAAUAGAUUUCUUCAGAGGAAGUAUUUUGAAGACCCUGUGGCGUUGGAUAAAGAUUGGAAAGUCAAACUUGUCACUGGUAAAGAGGAGAUCAAGAAUGCUGAUGAGGAUAAAGCUCACGAAGAAGAAGAUAAAAAGACAUUCCUAGAAGAUCUUUCCAAACUUAUUGAUUCAGAUUUAUACAACAUGCCCAAAGUAUCUAGCAUGGAACGAAGAAAAAGUAGUGUUAAUGGACAUCAUGAAGAGGAUGGUCUUGAAGGAUAUAUUGCUCAAUUACCACCACAUUUGAAAACUCAAUAUAGAUUACGUGUGAAUAAUCAAGAAUUGUGUUUGAUUGGUGUGCCACGUCCGUAUUACCAUCCGGGUGAAGAUAUAAAUUACAUAAUAAAUAUCAACCCAAACAAAUCAAAUACGACAAAAGUGAUUGGUUUAAUUACUUAUUUGGAAGCUCAUGAAGUUUAUCAUUUACAAGAGAAUGGACAAACCCAAGUGAAUAAGUAUAAAGUUACAGGGAAUGUCAAAGUCAACACGUUAGCUCCAUCUAUUAUUAAUUCAACUAUUGGAGAAAGCUCACCAAGUUUAAUUAACGAUUAUAUCAAUAUCCCGAAAUUUGUAACACCACAGUUUCAAAGUAGCAAAUUUCUCAGUUUGGAAUAUCAUCUUGUUUUCCAAUUCAAUUUAACAGAAAUUAAUGAAUUAGACGAAGUUCACGGGGAAGCGGUAGAGAUUGGCACAGGCUCAACCCAUGAAUUGAAGAUAUUCAACAAACUUGGUAAAUUUAAAUUUGAAACCAUGGCAAGUUCAUACCGAUUCACAAUUCCUGUGUAUAUAUUACCUUGA